AUGAGUAUUACCGAAGUGUUUGGUGAAUUUAGGUGUGGUAAAACUCAGUUAUGUCACACACUAUGCGUUACUGCCCAACUUCCUAAAGAUAUGGGAGGAAGCGAAGGGAAAGUUGCCUAUAUAGAUACAGAAGGAACGUUCAGGCCUGACAGAAUUAGGUCAAUUGCGGAAAGAUUUCAAGUUGAUCCUGAUGCUUGUCUUGAAAACAUUUCCUACGCCAGAGCAUUGAAUAGUGAACAUCAAACGGAAUUGGCCGAACAAUUAGGGUUGCAAUUUGCUGAUGGUACGUAUAGAUUGCUAGUUGUAGAUUCGAUUAUGGCGUGUUUCAGGGUCGAUUACUCAGGUAGAGGUGAAUUAAAUGACAGACAGCAAAAAUUGAACCAACAUUUGUCGAGCUUAAUCAGACUAGCAGAAGACUAUAAUGUCGCCGUAUUCCUCACCAAUCAAGUCCAAUCUGAUCCAGGUGCAAGUUCCUUGUUCGCAUCAGCAGAUGGUAGGAAGCCCGUUGGAGGUCAUAUUUUGGCCCACGCUUCUGCCACCAGAAUACUCCUUCGUAAAGGAAGAGGAGAAGAAAGAGUUGCAAAGUUGCAAGAUAGCCCUGAUAUGGCCGAAAAAGAGUGUGUAUAUGUUAUCGGCGAAGGAGGAAUUAAAGAUAGUGAGUAG